AUGUCAACAAGAUUGGAUCAAAUCGUGUCGUUUGUUGAAGAAAUAGAAGCACGUUCAAACCAAUUAGUAGAGACUGCUUCUAAAUCAGUAAACCUAGUCAAUAGUUUGUCCAAGAUCAACGAAAGGCUACUUUCAAAUGAUAAUGAUUUAGAAGAGAUUAAAUCCUUGAUGGAUUUGAAUAAAGCUUGUUUAAUCGAAUUGAACGCACUCAAUGAAAAAUCCUUUUAUUUGGAGUCAAACUUACAUUUCAAUGACCACAUUACUAAUCAAACAUCAUUCGAAAAUUUGACUCAAGAGUAUUUCCAUGUGUUGAAAAAAUUGAGUGUUAUUAAUAGUAAUAGUGGUGAUGUUAAUGAUAAUGAUGACGAUAAUGAUGACGAUAAUGAUGAUGAUGAUGAUGAUAAAAUAGGUAACAACCCAUUUCUUGAACGUAUUUCAUUAGUUGAGAAGACCAAGAACAAUACACAGUCAAUUGAGAAAGAGGGGUGGAACCAUUCAUCUACACCAUCCCCACCUGAUCUCAAAAAGAUGAUUUCAAUAUCCAAUUUACGAUUAAAGCCAAUGAGAUGUGCUUCAUCUACUAUACAAACAACAACAACAACAACAACAACAACAACACUGGAACCAAGAGCAAUAUCUAAAAAGAAAUCUAGAUACAGAUUAUCAAGCAUCUAUAAUAUAAACCCGAUAGCAUAUGAAAAUACUGUGAAUACCACCACCAGCUCGUCAGUGGCAUCCUCACUUUAUGACGACGAUAGUGAUGGAAUGAUGCAGAAUAGUUUAUCCAAAUCUUAUAAAACAUUGGAGUCCCAUCUAAUGAAUAACGAGAGCCCCAAAAAUGAUAUAGCAACAGAAGAGAUAACUUUCAAUAAGAAUGGGGUUCCUAUACCUAUUCCAUUUGAACUGCAAUUUUUUAGACAUCAACGAUCGAAUUCAGUGCCCACUACAUUAUCUACAACAAGCAUGAAAACAAGCGACCAAACUGAAUUGCUAAAGGAGUUUGAUUGCGAAGAUGAUUAUAUACGAUUCAAUAGGUUGAAACAUUUCAUAAGCAUGGGCCAUUUAUCAAAACACAUUGACCGAUAUCCUGGAAACGGAACUGAAUAUCCUGAUAUCAAUUUGUUCCAUGCAAGUACACCUGAAGAAAACCAAGAACAUCGACAGCACCUGGAAGCCAUGUUUGAUAACUGUGACGUUUGUUCAGUUGUUUCAGAUGUUUCAUAUUAUUCACCUAGCAAACAGAGAAAUCAUACUUCACAUAUCGUAUCGGAGUUGGACUCCGAUACGUUUGAGUAUUAUUUGAGAAAACUGGCAAUUGACUUGGAUGAAUUGGUCCCCUCGCUAUCUCCACCAUUACAGCAACCCCUAGAGCAUCCUACCACCACCACCAUCACCAUAAAGAGAGGUUCAAAAUUUCAUAAUCCUGUUGCGUCGACAAUAGGUCCUUCCCAUAUAGCAUCACCUACUUUAGACUCAGGAUAUCAGCCGCCUAUCACUCCUACUAGUGAAUAUUCCAAGAAUGAGUACUCCUCCAAACGACUACUUAACGAAGUAAUAUCACGAAGUCCAGCAGAGGCACAAGCAAUCAUGCCUAUGACCAUCUUUUCGGACUUUUUCUCAACUACACCACCUCGAUUAAAGAAAACUUUUAAACAACCAAUACCUAUUGGAAAAGAUAACCUUGGUGAGCCACCAUCAUCAUCAUCAUCACCAUCACCACCAUCACCACCAUCAUCACCAACUUCUAUACCGUUUUUAAAUUCCCUAACUACAAAAUCAACACCAUCAACAGCAACUACUGCAUUUUCAUUUUCUUCAUUGCCAUUUCCAAUAUUUAAUACUCCUCCUCGUAAUAGCACAACUCCAGCAUCAAAAAAGCCUCCUCCAACUUUAGCCAAACCAUGUAAACCUUCAACACCACAAAAAAUUCGUGAUUUGAAAAGAUUGAAACAAUUCAAAAAGAGCCUACCGAUCCUGAUCACUAAUGAAACUUACUUGAAAAGAAUCCCUAAUAGACCUUUCGGUUGCGGAUAUAACCGUACCGAUGGGUCAUUUUCAAACUUGACGAUUUUACAAAAUAACAAAUACAUAAAACAUGGCGAUGCUUCAAUAUUUAAUAACCCGAUAAUGAGAUUAUACAAUGAAGAAGGUUUAAAAAAGGCAUUAUCCGAAAGCAUUUACUAG